AUGUCGCGGUACGACAUCGCCAGCGAGCCCACUGCGGUACAAAUCACAGAGAGCUACAAGGCCGUGUUGGACCGGAUUGACGCUGCGGCGGACGGACGGCCAGUGUCGCUUGUAGCCGUGAGCAAAACAAAGUCGCCGACGUGCUUACAGGCGCUGUACGACUGUGGUCACCGUGCGUUUGGUGAGAACUACGUCCAGGAGCUCGUCGAGAAGGCGGGCGUGUUGCCAAAGGAUAUCCGCUGGCACUUCAUUGGCCAUUUGCAGAGCAACAAAGUGAAGGAACUCCUCGAGGGGGCGGAGAGCUUGUGUGUCGUGCAAACAGUCGACAGCGCCAAGCUCGCGUCGAAGUUGGACACCGGGUGCGUGACGUAUCGUGGCGGCCGCGCGCUAGAUGUGUAUCUCCAAGUCAAUACAAGUGGCGAGGAGUCAAAGAGUGGCACAGAGCCAGGCGAGCCGACAGUGGAGCUCGCACAGCACAUCCAAGCGAACUGUAAGCACCUCAACCUGGCGGGCCUCAUGACCAUCGGUAUGCCGGACUACACGAGCCGCCCGGAGAACUUCGACUGUCUGCUGCGCUGCCGCGCGGAUGUGGCUGCGGCACUCGGCAUCCCCGUUGACUCGCUCGCGCUUUCAAUGGGGAUGAGCGGCGAUUAUGAGAACGCCAUCAAAAUGGGAUCAACGGUUGUGCGUGUGGGAAGCAGUCUCUUUGGGCAGCGCUACUACCCGGCGAAGGGGGGGCCGCAGUAG